UCCUGUGAUUUGCAAAGCAGCUGAUAGUCUCUUCCUUUGGGAAGGGGGAAAAAAAAGUCAGGAGAGUCAGAAGAGGCAGAGAGGCAAGCAACCGCUGAAGAAGGUGGCUGGGCAUUGAGUCCCUUUUGUUUCCGUCAAAAUGUCAGGAGCCCCCUGGCCCCUGCAAAGCCAGAGGGAGGGGGACGGAGGAGAAGCAGGAGGCAGAUGGGGAGAGCCUGGCCGGAGAGGGAAGAUGUAAAGCAAUGAGGAAGCUGUUCAGUUUACCGGUGGAAGAAUGACGCUCCAAGGGCUUGUGCUACUGCAGUUGCUGGCCUCUCUCAGACUGGGGAAGGCUCUUUUGGAAUUCCAGCCUGGUCAGAACCAUUUGCAGAAUGCAGUGUCUCCUCCAUGUUGGAUAGAGUCCUUUGGGUAUUACAAUGGGUCUCUGUCCAUGACAGUCUCUGGUUUGGCAUGCUUAAAUUGGUCAGACUUCCCAGAUUACAUUCGGCAGUAUCCAAAUCGAGGACUGGGAAACCACAACUACUGUAGAAAUCCAGACGGUGGAGUGACACCAUGGUGCUUUUACCAGCUUGCUUCUGGGGCAAUUGGCUGGGCCAACUGUGACUGUAACCAUGGUGCUGUGCGAUUGGCGGAAGAUGGCAGGGUGGAACUAUAUUUCAGUGGGCUGUGGGGUACUAUCUGUGGGGAUGAAUGGACGGACAGGGACGCCAGCGUGGUCUGCAGGCAGCUUGGUCUCAGUGAAAUCGGUACAGCUCAAAGGGUGAGCUAUUCUGGUCUGAGCCCGAUGCCCUUCCACCUGCGGUCUGCAAACUGUCGUGGGGAUGAGAAGAUGCUGUUGCAGUGCGGGUGCCAAGAGAUGUUCGGAACCUGCGUCCAGGGACUCGGGGCUGCAAAUUGUGUCCCUCCUCACGGUGUAGGGACCCCACUUCGUCUGGUAGGGGGAAAGGAGAGCUUUGAAGGAAGAGUGGAAGUCUACCAUGAUGGCCGUUGGGGCACCAUCUGUGAUGACCAGUGGGACAACCGGGACGCCGAAGUAGUUUGCAGGCAGCUGGGCCUCAGUGGAAACCCAAAGGCUGUGUCUUGGGCUCGCUUUGGGCAGGGCUUGGGCCCAAUCCUCCUGGACGAGGUCGACUGCUCAGGGAAUGAGUUUUUACUGGACCAGUGCAAGAAGAGUAACUGGGAGGAGCACAACUGUGACCACGUUGAAGAUGCUGGAGUAAUCUGUGACCCCUUUGCAGCAGAAGGCAGCAUUCGCCUGGCAGGAGGCCACACCCCAAAUGAAGGGCGGGUGGAGAUAUACCACAGUGGAGACUGGGGGUCCAUCUGCGACGAUGGCUGGACAGGUUUCACAGCCCAGGUGGCUUGCAGGCAGCUGGGCUUCAGGGGUCCAGCCAGGCUAGCAUCAGAGGGGGAAUUUCCUUCUGGUCAAGGCUUCAUCUUACUGGACGACGUGGCCUGCGCGGGCACUGAGCUCUCUCUGCUGCACUGUUCCCAUAGCAACUGGGGACAGCACGACUGCUCACAUGAGGAGGAUGUGGGAAUUCACUGUUCCCCUGAGAGCAACAAAAUCACAGAGGAGAUACCAGGAUUGCCUGUGCGGCUGGUGGAUGGGGAGAACACCAAAGAAGGGCGUGUGGAAGUGUUUCUGAAUGGGCAGUGGGGCAGUGUCUGCGAUGAUGGCUGGACAGACAGAGAUGCGGCAGUGGUUUGCAGACAGCUGGGUUAUAGUGGUGCUGCAAAAGCCAAAACCAUGGCCUAUUUUGGGGAAGGGCACGGACCCAUCCACUUGGACAAUGUGGCAUGCAGUGGUACAGAGCGCACUUUGGGGGAAUGCCUCAUCCCUAAGAGCGGCAUCCACAACUGCUGGCACAGCGAAGAUGCAGGCGUGAUCUGCAACUACGUGGAAGGGGAGGCCAUCAGAAAUUCAGGUUCUGCUUUUGGCAUGUGUGGGCUACGCUUGCUUCACCUCCGCAAAAAAAGGAUAAUCGGUGGAAAGAAAUCUCUCAGAGGAGGUUGGCCGUGGCAGGUGUCGCUGCGGCUGAAGGGGUUUCACAGGGAUGCGCGCUUGCUGUGUGGAGCAACGCUGAUCAGCAACUGCUGGGUGGUGACGGCAGCACAUUGCUUCAAAAGGUUUGGGGUAGACGUGCGGCGCUACCUGCUGCGGGUGGGAGACUACCACACUGGUGUGAGGGAUGAGUUUGAGAGAGAGCUGCCAGUGGAGAAGAUCGUCCUCCACAGGAACUACCAGUCCAGCAGCAACGACAACGACAUCGCCCUGGUCAGGAUUCGGGGGAAAGAUGGCCACUGUCUUUCUUUCAGCCACCACGUCCUUCCCAUCUGUCUGCCUAGCAGGAAAGAGAAGGCUGCCAUUGAUAGACAGGCCUGUGUCAUAUCUGGCUGGGGAGACACAGGGAAGUCAUAUUCAAGAAUGUUACUCCAGGGCUCAGUGCCCCUGCUGUCGCAAAAAGUUUGCAAGUCCCGUUAUGGAAAGAAGUUUACUAAUCGUAUGCUUUGUGCUGGAAACCUUUCUGAAGAUAACCGAGUGGACAGCUGCCAGGGUGACAGUGGGGGGCCACUUGUGUGUCAAAGAUCAAGCGGACACUGGGUUAUUCUGGGGAUCACUUCUUGGGGUUACGGGUGUGGCCGAAAAGAUUCCCCUGGCGUUUACACAAAAGUCAGCAAAUUUGUGCCUUGGAUCAAGAAGAUAACCAAACUGAAGUGAGAGCAGCCAAGCCAGAGAUGGAUUCAUGUUGCUUUUACCCAGGGCUUUUUUUCUCAGCUGGAAUGCAGUGGAACGGAG